GCCAAAAUAAAAUAGUUUUCAAUUAUAAGAAAUGUUAUAUGGAAAUUAAUAAACAUAUGAGAUACUAACCAAAAAUUAAUCUACUUUAUCUCACUAAGUUGGCAAUUAAAGUUCUAUACAAAAAGACAUGUAAAAAUUUCCAUUUAUCUAGUAGAAUAAAUCAAUUUUAUUAGAUGAUAAUAAACCUAAUUCAUUAGAAACUAAUUAUUUUGAAAAACUAUAAAAUCAGCUUGAUGAUAAAUAAAACAGUACAAAUAGAUAAAUAAAACCAACAUAAUAAAUAUAGCUAGAAGGGAUUGUUAAUUAAGUAAUAAAUCUCUCUCAAGAUUAAGAAAAUUAAAAUAAAGACAAGAAUAGCAAAGUUGAUAAAUAACACUCAAAUAUUUAUUUUAAAAUGUUAUAGGUUCUAAAAAGUAGUGAGAAUUCUGUGAAAGUAUAUAAUAAAUUAUUUAAAAAUAGGUUUUGUAAAAAAAAGAGUGAUUAUACAGAAGAAAACUUAAAUGAAAAUUUGAAGCAAAAAAUUAAUUGCUUAAUUACCAAAGAUUUAAAUAUCUUUACAUUUUAUAAAGAUAUUUUAUUUCUGAAAAAAGCAAUAAUGAUUUUGUUAAGUUAAGAGUAAUUAGCGAUGUUGCAACUUGUUGGAUGUUCUAAUGAUUACUUAGAUUUAGACUAAAGUAAUUUGGAAAACCUUUUACGAAAUGAAGAAAAUCAUUUUAGCCAUUUCGAAAAGUAAAAAGCGAUAAUAUUAUCUGAAGAAAUAAAUUAUAUGUAUAUUUAAAAAUUCUUAAAAAGAAGCAAAAGCAAAGAAAAUUUAAGUAAAAUUGAUUAGAGAAUCAUAUCAUCAUUACCUAAUAAUAUUAAAAAUGCAUGA